UUCAUCUUCCAAAAUGAAACAACAACAACAACAAAUCCAAGACCUAAAACAACAUGCAACCAUGCUUCUCAUAAACCCUAAUAUCAAACUUUUAUGGGUCCUUGCAAGCCUUUUUCUCUUUGGCUUUGGCUUAGCUCUUGGCACCUCUCUAUCCACCUUCUAUCAUUCCUACAUCCCUUUCCAAACUCCCUCUCAAUCCUUCCCAUCACCUUCUCCACCACCACCACCACCAUCACCAUCAUCACCACCACCACCUUCUUCCAUGAUAACUCAUGAAGAACAUAUUAAACCUAAAGAACAUGUUGGACUGAAGGAAUAUAUAGAGCCAAAGGAGAUGAUGCAUGACAUGAAUGAUGAGGAGAUUCUAUGGAGAGCAUCAAUGGUGCCCCACAAAAGGGUAGUACCUUAUGAAAGAGUCCCAAAGGUGGCAUUCUUGUUCUUAACUAGAGGGGCACUUACCUUUGCUCCAUUGUGGGAGAUGUUCUUCAAAGGACAUCAAGGUUUGUAUUCUAUAUACGUGCAUGCUGAUCCUUCUUUCCAUGAAUCAACUCCCAAAGACUCUGUUUUCUUUGGCCGGAGAAUCCCAAGCAAGGUGGUGAGAUGGGGAGAACUAAGCAUGAUGGAAGCUGAAAGAAGGCUAUUAGCCAAUGCACUACUAGACUUCUCCAACCAACGUUUCAUUCUCCUCUCUGAAUCAUGCAUUCCUCUCUUCAACUUUCCCACUGUCUAUUCCUACCUCAUCAACUCCACCCUCUCCCAUGUCCACUCCUUCGACGACCCCGGCCCGGUCGGCCGGGGCCGAUACAACAAGCACAUGCAACCUCUUAUAUUACCUGAACAAUGGCGCAAAGGCUCCCAAUGGUUCGAAAUGGAUCGAAACCUCGCAAUUGAGAUAGUGUCAGAUAACAAGUUCUUCAAGCUGUUUUCAAGGCAUUGCAAGCCUUCAUGUUAUGUGGAUGAGCAUUAUUUACCAACCUAUGUGAGCAUGAAGUUUGGAGGGAUGAACUCAAACAGGAGUUUGACUUGGGUUGACUGGUCUUAUGGAGGGCCCCAUCCUGUUAGGGUUUGGAGGAAGUCUGUGACUGUUGAGUUUCUUAAUAAGUUGAGGAGUGGGAGUACUUGUAGUUAUAAUGGAGGUAAGACCACUGUUUGUUUCUUGUUUGCUAGGAAGUUCUUGCCUAAUACUUUGUGGAGGUUGAUGAAGUUUGCUCCAAAAGUUAUGGGAUUUGGUCCCUAAUUAAAAGAGAUAACUUGUAUACAUAUAUAUACAUUCACACAUAUAUAGAGUUUGUGGAGAUGGGGAUGAAGAUGUAAUUAAAAAGGGGAUUGGCAUGGGUUGGCAGGAAUAUAAUUAACAAGAAUUUUUUUUUAUGUACCUAAACUUGAGUGGGUAGAACUUGGCUCAAAUUUGGCUCAAAUUGUUCUCAGUCUAAUGUAAUUAAAUUUAUUUCAUUGUACUUGAAUUCCAUGCAUAUAAACAAGUCUUUAACUUGAGAUCUAAAAUUUAAAGACAAACUGAUAAAAAAAAUCAUCAAAGAGUUGAUUUGAACAAACCAAUUUAAAUUUGAUCUUUGUUAAAAAAUUAAGCUGAA